CGUUCACAUGCAGUGUAACUCAUGCCUCACUUCGGCGCCAAAUGGCACAUGCUGCCCCCUGUUUGCUCAAGCAUCAACACGUUUGAUGCAAAUUCAAAACGCAUCUCAAAAGUCGUAUACCAGGCAGACCAUCCCCACAGCCGGCUAAGGACAACUAAUCAUGGCUCUCUCAUACGCAGGCAAUUUUCCGCUCAACAUCACUCAACCGGCCAUCAAUGUUUUCUUGUCCUCAAAGCAGGACGAUGGUCAGAUCGACGGUCUAGUCUACUGGCAAGUGGCCAACGGAUAUACAGCAAUCGCUCUGCAUGAGGCCUGGUCCAACACCUCGUCGAACACCGAUAUACUCGAAGAUCUCGUUUCGAAAGUCCAAAACGGACAACAGGACUGUAUCAAUGACUACAAUGACGACAGCAUGUGGUGGGCGAUCAGCUUGCUGGAAUUAUAUGAAGUGACGCAAAACAUCCAGCACCUGACGGUUGCUGGGGACAUCUGGAACCACGUCCGGAAUUCCGUGAUCGUCCCCGGCGAGCAUGCAGUGAACGGUGUUGACAUGGCGGGCGGAGUCAUCUGGACCAAUAAAACCGACGAGACGCAGGUCAACGCCAUCACUACGGGCUUGUUCUCUGAACUGUCAGCUAGGCUGUCACCGAAAUUCGAGGACGCUUCAGCUCGAGAAACACUCCUGGAAUAUGCAAUAAUCAGCCUGGAUUGGAUAUACCGUUGCCGCUACAUCGAGGACGACUAUCUUGUUUUGGACCACAUCAACCUUGCCACCAAUCAAACUGUUGAUUCGACCUUCACGUACAAUACUGGGCAGGCGAUCGCAGCCUCGAUUGCAAUAUACGAUGCAAUCAGGGCCAAUAGCAGCGAUCAGUUGUCGACUGCGCAGACCUUUCUGGACUUCGCAGGCAUGAUGGCGCUCUACUCCAUGAAUCGGACUAGCUGGGUCGACGGAGAUGGCACGCUCACCGAGCGAGACGCAUAUCCUGGUACCGGCGCCAACGCCACACCAGCCUGGGAGGAUUGUGACGGUCUUGGAUUCAAGGCCAUUCUCCUGCGGAAUCUGGCCAAGCUUUACAGGACUCUACGGCGUGACGGCGUCAAUUCGGAACUGCAGGGCAAGAUCAAGAGCUUUGUUGAACAUCAAUUCCGGAGUCUACAAGAUCGAAAUACCAACGGUCACGAUCAGUACGGACCGUGGUGGGCUGGACCAAUGGAUCUGGCAACAAGUCAUAGCCAACUCGCUGCGCUGGAUGUGAUGGCUGCUAUCCAUGGGGUACAAUGAUGCGACGGUGGCAUUAUGCAAGGUCCAUGUCUCUAGACCGGAGACUGGAGAGUACCAGGUCCUGUGCUGAGGGGUUCUGAAAGCGAGUCACGGAUUUCAGGAUAUUCCCUCGCACCUUCAUCUUCGCGACAGCCCCAUCAUCUACACAAGUAGAAGCUGGACGUUCUAAGUGAAACCAUAUAUUCCUUCACCAGCCGCCACCCACCGUUGAAAAAAUCAUCGCUGUGAGCCGACAAUUACUGCUUGCCUUUUGUAUGCAAGCUUCUUCUUCAACCGAUUGUUGCUACUCCAAAACCCACUCGGCAUUAUCUUCUAUCCUUCCAUCGGACAGUCUUUGAUUCUUUCCUCCGGAUCUGU